UGUGCCCCGCCCCCACCCCUGGUGGAUCCGCCCCUGGCCCCUGGCUGGUCGGCCCCUGGCCCCUGCUUGCCCCCCUCCACCUGUAGGCCUGGAUCCCUGUGAUGAGGCCCGCAAGUGCAGGUGACACCGGUGAGUGCUGUGCCCUAUGGGGCCUCGCCGAGCGACGAGCGCAGCAGCUGCAGCGUCAAGUGCGGGUCAAAGAAGAAAGCAUAGUUGAGCUGGAAACAGAAAAUGCUAUUCUUCAUCUGAAAUUGGCAGAGUACCAAGGAAGGCUCAGAGGGAGCCACUUCCAGGCCAUGCAGGUUCACGCUCGGCACGGAGGAGGGCAGGGAGGUGUGCACCCAGCGCUGGCCCAGUCCUGGCACCUGGCUCAGAGGCUUAAACAAGAUGUGAAGGAGUUCCGCUCUUCUGUCCUGGAGCUUCUGGGCAGCUGUCAGGAGCAGUGCCAGGCCCACCUCUCUGCAGCAGCGGCUGCUGUGCAGAGAGCACAGCUGGACAGUCAGGCUGUGCAAGCUUGGCGGUCAGAGGCCCUUCGUCUUGAGCAGUCCUUGCAGGACAUGGAGGAGCGCUGCCACCGGGAGAAGCAGAGGAGGCGGGCCCUGCACAACAGCCUGCUGGAGCUGAAAGGAAGCAUCCGAGUUCACUGUCGGAUCCGUCCCUUGCUGCCCUUCGAUAGUGAGUGGAACAGCUCGGCUUCACAUAGCAGCUCCAUCUCGCGAGAAGUGGCCCAUGCACUGGAUGAUGAAACGAUUCUGGUGAAAUGCCAUCGUCCUGGCCACCCUGAGAUCAAUAAGACGUAUAAUUUUGAAAGAGUCUACGGUCCAGCAGAGUCUCAGGAGGCUGUGUUUGCAGAUGUGUGUCCCCUACUGACGUCCUUCCUGGACGGGUUCAACGUGUGCAUCAUGGCCUACGGGCAGACUGGGAGCGGGAAGAGCUACACCAUGCUGGGGCCGCAUGCUGAGGACGAGCCCGGGCUGCCGUCGGGGGCUCACGCUGACUGGGGAAUUAUCCCCAGAGCCACGGAGGAGCUCUUCAGGCUCAUUUCAGAAAGUCCACCGAGAAGCCCCACGGCUGAGGUGUCCAUAGUGGAGAUUUACAAUAACGACAUUUUUGAUCUCCUGGCCAAAGAGGGUUCUGGAGCAGUGGCCGGGAUCAAGCGUGAGGUCGUGACGACCCAGGAAGGAUGCACAGAGGUCCCCGGUCUGACCUGCACGGCCGUCGCCAGCGCCGCAGAGCUGGUGGCACUUGUCCACGGAGGUCUGCAGCUCAGAGCGAGGCACCCCACCUUGGUGCACAUGGCUUCUUCCAGAUCCCACCUGGUGGUGACGGUGACUCUGACCGUGGUGUCCCCCUCAGACAGCACUGGCCAGCAGCAUCAUCCAGCCCCCCUGCAGGGUCUCGCUGGGGCAGGGAAGGGGUGGAGCACCUCUCCCCAGGCUCCGCCUCUCCAGCCCCUUCCUGUGGACCACUCGGGUUCUGCGAGGCAAGCGCGGGCCAAGCUGCAGCUGGUGGACCUGGCCGGCAGUGAGUGUGCAGGUGCAUCUGGGGUGACUGGCCUGGCACUAAGGGAGACCUCGUUCAUCAACCGGAGCCUCGCAGCCCUGGCAGAUGUCCUGGGUGCCCUGUCGGAGCGCCGUGGCCACGUGCCUUAUCGGAACAGCAAGCUUACCCACCUGCUCCAGGACACCAUCGGGGGUGAUGCGAAGCUCCUGGUGAUCCUCUGUGUGUCCCCCGGGCAGAAGCACGUGGCAGAGACACUGCAGGGCCUGGGGUUUGGGGCCCGAGCUCGGCAGGCUGAGCGGGGACAGGCUGGGAAGAGGCCUUCCAGCGCCCAGGUGAGGAAGUCGUGCGUGGGCUCAGCAUCUCGAUGAGUCCCCUUCCCGGGAAGAGUGCUCUCUGUCACUGUUUUCUAGUGUGAGUGCCUGAGGAAUAAAUGUGUUUGGAUUUGAUGA